CUCAGCUCUCCGCGUUCCCUCGCAGAGGCAGAGGGAGCUGUGCUCCGCCUCCCGCGGGUGCGGGUGCCACGAUGAACUGCAGCGAUGCGCGGCGGCUGCAGGCGCUGCUGGGCGCGGUGCUGCGGGAGCUGCGCGGCCACGGCAACUCCAGCGCGGCCCCGCAGGGACCCGGCCCCGGCCCGGGGGCGGACGGCUCGCUGUACAUCCUGCUCAUCAUGAUCUUCUAUGGCUGCCUGGCCGGGGGGCUCAUCCUGGCGUACACCCGCUCGCGGAAGCUGGAGUCCAAACACGACCCCUACCACCUGUACAUCGAGCGGGACUGGGGCCCCCGCGGCCCGGGGCAGGCGGCCGAGGAGGGCCCCGAGGGGCAGCGGCUGUGAGAGCGCCGGGACCGGCAGGAGGAAGGGUCUGUCCUGCGAGGACAUCGCUCCUGCUGCCCUCCGGCUUGGGACUACAGACAGCCAGAGACUGCGGGGGAAGCGAAACCCACUGCUCUUGUGCAGUCGCACAGCGCUCAAGGCCUGUCGUGCGGUGAGAGCUGUCCUACAACUCUUGGAUUCGUUUGUAUCGCUUUUUACAAUAAACACCCGCAUU